GGCGCAUUUCUGUUUCUGAGAUUGAUUGCAAUCACGAAUUCCACCAGUUUGCUCAGCAUCCGUAGUUCAGUUGACUUUGCUGCAAAAGAUGAUUGAAAAGCCCACCUCCUGUCAAAAACAUUCUCUCCCUCUUGCCACCAGGUUCUUCCCCUCCCCAGUUUUUGUCGCCAAACAAGAACAAGCUUGCAUUCCUUUUUUUUAUUGACUUUAUUUAUCAUGAAUCGGGCAGAGGGAUUUUUUGUGGAUCCUAUGCAACGAGCCAUUCGUCGAAAUGAUCGUGAACUGCAAAGUUAUUCCUCAGUUUGUUUGUUGGAUGCCGUUCAAAGACCUGACAAUGGAGGUCGUGAAGGCAAACCGAUCGCGAUCGUGUCAAACUUGUUUUCUACUCGAUUCAAUCCUGAUUUGCAAAUUACCCAACUUGACAUUCGUUUUGUCAAAACGAAAGAGCUUGGUCCUGACGCUGAGGCGGUCGUUGGUGAUUUCAUUGAGAAACGUCCAAUCAUGCUGACAAUGUUCAAGCUGGCAUUAGCAAGCGUGAACGAAUUGACAAAAGAGCAACGCAAUGCAAUUGUUUAUGAUGGUGCCAAGAAUGCGUUUACUUGUACUAACUUUCCUUUCCCGCCAGGUCAAUCUUUUUUGGAAGUUGAUGUGCCAAGAUUCAAUGGCUUGAAGCGAGAUGAACGUCUUACGAUGAUCAUCAAGAGAACAACGCAAUUCGACAUCAAUGUGAUCAAAGACUUCCUCUCAGCCAAACCACAUUUCGUCCAAACAGCUCAGAAGUCCACAAGUGAAUCCGUUGGCCGAUUCUUGCAAGUAUUCAAUAUCGCCUUUCGAAUGGAUGCGUUGGAUCGAUGCAUUUCUUUGAAGAAUGAAAAGUUUUUCGAACCUUCAAGAGCAAAAGAUAUCACGCAAGGAGGAGAAGUUUGGUGCGGUUUCUUUCAAAGCGUUCUUCCUUUGCGUGGUGGGUUGUUCGUCAAUCUGGACUUGGCUUUUAGCCCAUUCAUGACCAAAGGCCCAUUUUUGGAAGUGGCGGCAAAGAUCUUGGAUAACAGUCCAAAGCACCACAAUAAUCGUGCUCCAAUGCAUCCUGGGCGUGGUGGCGGUUAUGGACAUGGUUUCAAUGCGCAUCAACGAAACGGUGGGAAUGGAGGUGAUGCAAUCCCUCGAUUUAAUAUCCAAGAUUUGCAGAAGUUACGUAAAGCGCUUCGAAAUGUCAAGAUUGGUUUGAGCCAUCGUCCACAAGCCAGAGCAAAGAGCUUCAGAGGUUUCACCGGUGCAUCUGCACAAGCUGAGAAAUUCAUGAUGAACGGGAAAGAGCUGAGUGUGGCUGAGUAUUAUCUGAAGAAGUAUAACAUGUCUUUACGUUUUCCUCACUUACCAUGCGCCAUCUUGAAUAAAGACUCGAAAUUCAACACUGAAAAGAAAGAAUGGGUUCCUUUGGAGUUAUGUGUGAUCCUUGAAAAUGCUCCCAUUCCUCCCCACAAGCUCUCCGUGCAGCAAGUACAGCGCAUGCUGCAAGUCACGAGACAAACACCAGAACAUCGCUUGAAAGACACGAUUAAAUGGCGCAAAGAACGUGAAUACGAAAAGAAUGAAACUUUGCAAACAUGGGGCAUUGAAGUCAGCCCUGAACCGGUUCAACUGCAAGCUCGUAAAUUGUCUCCUCCUCAAGUUGCUUAUCGAGACGGUAACGUUGAUCGUCUUGUCAAUGGGACAUGGAAUUUGCGUUCUACUCGAUUCUUGAGAGGAGGAGUUGAAUUGAUCACGCCAGUCAUUUUGAACUUCACCAAAGAAGAUCCGCGUCAAUGUGAACACUUUACUCUCAAGCUUUUCAAUAAAUGUCGUCAGUAUGGGAUGGAGAUCUCAGCAAGAAAUAUUCGUUGCAUGAACAUCGACACAGAUCAAGCUGACUUGAAGGCAAACAUCCAAAAUGCUGCAAAAUGGGCAUACGAAGAAGGUGGUAAGAAAUGCAUUCCACAACUCAUCAUCUGCUUUAUGGAUUAUUCGAGCGAAUUGUACCAAAACAUCAAGCGCAUUUCAGUUUUUGAACUUUUCACCUCCGUUCCUACGCAAUGUUUGGAUGUCCGAAAAGCAUUAUACAAUGAACGUGGAGAAGCGCAGUACAUGAGCAACAUUGCCAUGAAGAUCAACGACAAGCUUUCGGGUUUCAAUCAUUUCUUGCCCAAUCCAAAAGACCUCCCAAUGAUUGGACAGAACACAAUGAUGAUCGGAAUCGAUGUUCGACACCCGCCUUCUCGAUUACAGCAUGACAGUGUGGUUGCUGCCGUUGCCACUUUGAACGGUCAGGGCACACGCCUUGGAAGUCAAAUCAGCACGCAAUUCAAUCCAAACCUCGGCCAUCAACAAGAAACCGUUUUAGAUGGCAAAGGCAUGUUUAUCGGUCUGCUCAACAGCUGGAAGAAGUUCAAUGGCGGUCAUUUGCCCGAAAGUAUCAUCGUCUUUCGUGAUGGAGUCUCGCAAAGCGAAUAUACGCAAGUGAAAGAAUUUGAAGUUACGCAAUUGAAACAAGCAUGCACAGACACGAAUACUGCAAAUGAUGAUCAGCCGAAGAUCACUUACGUCGUCGCUACCAAAAAGCAUCAUCUUCGUAUGUUUGCAUUGGAUGAAAGAGACCUCUGUCGAGAAGAUGGGAGUGGAAAUUUACCGGCAGGUACCGUUACUGAUCAAGUUGUAACGCAUCCCUACAUUUUCGAAUUUUACCUGCAAGCACAUACUGGUAUCGGUUGUUGUCGUCCAUGCAAGUACACCGUCUUACAUGACGAUGUCAAAUUUACGAGCGAUUCCAUUCAACGUGUGGUCAAUUCGAUUUGUUAUUCACACCAACGUGCAACCCGUUCGGUGUCUCGCCCACCGUUGGUGAUGUAUGCGCAUUUACUCGCCUACAAAUCCAUGUUUUUGCUCUAUCCAGAUUUGGCAUCCGAUUCAAGUAGUAUCGGAGGCAGCGUGCGCAAUAUGCAUCUUGUUGGUUAUUCGAUCGAUGAUCUUCGCAAACGAUUGAACAAGCGAAACAUCAUUCCCGAUACCCCAGCAUACGCAAAUGUCGUCGACAGUUUCAGCGAAGUGCCAUGGUUCUUGUAG